AUGUCUCUAUCUUUUUAUUCCGGUAAGAGAAAUGAAGGGAAGAAACAACCGUUUAUAAAAUUAGGAAAAUUCAUCAAAAAAUCGUUUUCGAACAGUAGACCGAAUAACAUCACAAACGAUGAGGCUAGUAGUAGCAAACACAAUUCCGAUAUCACAAAUAGAUCCACGGAUCAACAACCUAAUGGUACCUUAAAAGAGGGAGUCGAGAUGGUAGAGAACAACCAUGAUUACCCAACGGAUGAGUUGAAUAAACUCAAUGAGGGUAUUAAUCAACUAUCUCGAAGAUUUGAUUCUCUUGAGAAAAGAAUUGAACUAGUUAAAGGCGACGAGAUAAAUGAAUCGCUAAGGGAUAUAUUAACUAGAAUCACGGAGAGUUUUAAUCAAAAAUUUGAUUCCUUAGAAAAGAGAUUCGGGUUGGUCAAAGGAGAUGGGAUGGAUGAAACUCCAAUUGCCACUUUAACAAAAAUCACGGAGAGCGUUAAUAGACAAUCCCAAAAGUUUGAUUCGUUAGAAAAGGGAUUCGAACUGAUUAAAGCAGACAAGAUGAAUGAAUCCAUAACGACUGCUUUGAAUAAAAUCACGGAAAGGAUCGAUUCCUUAGAAAAAAGAUUUGAACUGGUUAGAGGUUCUGAGAUGAAUGAAUCCGACUUAACUAAAAUCACGGAGAGUAUAAAUCGACAAUUCCAAAGAUUUGAUUCCUUAGAAGGAAGGAUCGAAUUAAUGAAGGAUAAUAGUGUUGAUGGGGGUGGUGCCAACGAAAAAUUUAAACAAAAUUUUGAAUCCUUGACGACUGUCAUAAAUAUGAAUGCGGAGAGUAUUGAUGCUUUGGAAAAACGGGUUGAAGUUCUAACGCAAAAAGUUUUAAAGGCUUGUGAAAUUUCGAAAGAAAAAAACGUUUCUUCAAACCCUCCCGUUAAACCGACUGCUACUUUAUCCAUUGAUUCAAAUCUCGGUACCUGCAAAAGAUGUCAUUCCGAAAAGUCCGAUAAUGAAUGGUGUUUGGUCUGCGAUCCCAAAUACUUCAUUGACCACUUUUCCGACUGGACUAGCGGUAAUCCAGACGUUGAUCGCUUCAUACAGGCAACUCAACGUAACGCCUCCAAUAAAUUCAACUUCCUAGAGUGGAUACCCUAUACUAGUCUUAAGGAUGUUAGUCUGCUAGGAAGCGGAGGUUUUGGAACAAUUUAUUCCGCAAUAUGGGUCGAUGGACCAAGAUCAAGAUGGUUGCACGAGACUAACGGGUGGGGAAGAUAUCCGAACGCUAGGGUGGCCUUAAAGAGUAUUGAACUUAAAAACUAUCAAUUCGACACUACACUUUUAGACGAGUUACAAUCUUAUCUUGCCGCAAAUAAGAACGUUCUUGGUCGUCUCAACACGCUUCGUGUAUAUGGCGUGACAAGAAAACCCGAGGAACCCGAGAAUUAUAUGAUAGUAAUGCUUCUCGGUGAUGACGGAGACUUGGAUCGCUAUAUAAACAAAAACUUUUCAAGUUUAACUUAUUUUAAGAAGCUUGAAAUUCUUUUUGAUAUAAUUACUGGAGUUUUGCAAAUCCACCAGGCUGGCCUUGUACAUCGAGACUUGCACCGUGGAAAUAUAAUGUGUCAACGAUUUGUAAAAUUAGAUGAGGGAAGGGACGAAUGUAAAUUUGUAAUCGGAGACUUAGGGUUAACUAGAAAACCAUCGCCCGAGUCUAAAGUCUUUUAUGGGGUGGUACCUUACUGUGCGCCCGAAGUGUUAGAAUCUGCUAUUUAUAGUGAGGCUUCGGACAUCUAUAGUUUCGGGAUGCUAAUGUGGGAAUUAGCAGCAGGUGUAAGAGCAUUUUCUAAUCGCAAGCACGAUGAAUCAUUAAUGUUCAGUAUUAUUUUUGGCUUAAGGCCUCAACCAAUACCACAUAUUCCGAAUUCUUAUAAGACACUGAUGGAAAGAUGCUGGGCCCCUAAUCAAACUGAUAGACCGAGCGCUCAAGAGAUUUAUACAACCAUUGGAAUAUGGUUACAGAAAUUGCUAUUCACACCGUAUAAAGGGAUCUCCCAAGAGUUUCUGGAAGCAGAUGAGAAACGAUUAGUUAGGUUGUCGAUUGAAGGGUUAUCCUCAGAUGAAAAAUAUCAUAGUAAGACUUAUCAUACGGUAAAUCGUAUGGGAUUUACUCCACUUCCAAUAGGACAAUUGGAAGACCAACCACCGGUAAAAGAAGAGGUGGAAAGCGAUGAUGAUUGGGUGGGCGCUUCUUAA